AUGACUGAUGAAGCCAUUUCAGCUGUUCAGCUUCACAUACUUGAUGCGCAAAGAACCCACGCGGGACUCAACAAUAGCCUCGACGGUUUGGAGCGUGCCCUUCUUCUUCUUUACAAGUUGAAAACAGUUCGGGAAUCGAAAUCUAUGCAGGGAGAAAGUACCGGUCCAAUUGACAGCCUACUCAACGAAAAACACGCACAGCUUGAAGACAUUCUGAGCAAAAACAGUGAGGAGAACGCUCUUGAUGAAUUCGAUUUUUCUACAUGGGUCAGUGCUAUUGAAAGUGACGUUCGAGCACAGGACCCCCUGAUGUUAUCGUUUGACUCAGGAAGCGAGGAUGAAGCAGACAGAGCUAGAUCAACUAGAAGCAACCGGCGUGAUGCAUCCAGCAAUCGCUUCGACGGUGCGGUUCCGAGCAAAGGAGGCAGCACACUACUGGAAGUCCUGAUGUCUAACGGAAAAUUAAGGACUCGGGCUGCUGAUCCUUUGAGAAGCGCAGAAAGAGAUGACAGAUUUUUCUGCUUGACGACAGUCGCAUGGGCGUGUGCGGUGAUUGGUAUGAUUGUAACUAUUGGAUUUCUCUCGAAGGACUUCUAUGUGGCACAGAGGAAUAUUGCCAUUCAGAUAGAGAGGUCCGCUCCAUCACCUCUAGAGUUGCCGGCAGUAACGAUAUGUGGAGAUACUCCAAAUCUUCCUCCUUUCUCAAAUUUUCCGACGGACGAACACCCAGGGCUCCCAUUGUUUGGUAUUACAACUUACAUUCGAACAAACAGGACCCAAUCAUCUUUUCGAAAGGAAAUUCACUUCCCUGACACUCUGCCAGAUGCUGAGAAAUCUCCAGUCGAAGAGGUUGUGCUAGCUGAAGAUGGCGAGCGGGUUAAUCAAUUGCGAAAAGGAUUUGAUGCCAGACGAGAAAUGAAGUCGUUAAGAGAUGUAGCAAACACCGGAUCCUUUGAGGACUUGAGUGAAAACAAGAUGCAGGCCUUUUAUUGCUUUCGGGUCGGAAGGAAGAAACGAGAACUUCUGUACCCGUUUGACCCGAGGGACGGCGCAAACCUGUUCAACCCCUCGUUGCAAGUAACAGUUUUCAAGUCUCGACUUCUUGGGGCUUGUAGGAUCAGGUUCCUUCAGCGUGAUAUGGUCCUGUACCGGGCUUUUGCGGCUGAGUUGUACCUUUUCGCAGACCGUCUUCAAGAGCGAGGUAUUCUUGACUUCAACGGGCAUCCGAAAAGUGUGCUAAACAAAACUGCGUAUGAUUUGAAGAUUGUCAACCAUCCAAUCGACUUUUACUGCAAUGUUUACUUUUUUUCCGGCUUCUUUUAUCCAACACUGGACAACGCUAGUAUUUCGUAUCGAUACAAUCCGGAAUACCCAAAUUUAUGGGAGAAGACCGGGAGGGGCCCAUACUAUUCAGCAUACACUUGGAACUACUCUGACCCACUUCUUGUUGGACCGGACAACCGAGCGCUGGAAAAAGAUUUUUACACUCUCAACUCGAUACGAUUAUUUGCAGAAGACCCCACCGAAGCCAACAAUAAUUCUAUCGUAUCGCCCAGUACGGGCAUGUCGAUUUUAGAUAUGGCGUCUUCUUCAAUUUACUCUUUCAAGAAGAUGAAUGUGGAAGGCAAAAAUGUUUACCAAAUGGCACAAGGAUUGAGUCAGUCAUCGAGGUUGCACUUCAAAGUCGUGGACCAUUACCAGGUGAACAUGGAUUUUUCCACGUUUGAAACUGAACGAAUUCUAACUUUGCCCACCAUGUCCUGGCCGGAGUUCUUAACAGACGUCUUUGAAUUUGUUGGCCUCUUCACAGGAAUAUGCAUAUUCACCCUUAUUGUCGCUCCGGCCCAUUCUCUCGUCUGA